UUUCGUUCCAUUCCUCGAAGCUUUCACCGAUUCCUUACUAUGUCGGCUCCCAACAGUAAGACAGCCGAGAGACCUGGUUUGGAGGCACAGAUCCAGAGAAACCCUCAUCCGGACUUCCGCAAGGUUGAAAGGGAAAGACCUCCAUUUGAAUCCGAUAUCUCGUGGAAAUACACCCAAAUUCCCAAGACGGACUGGAAAAUCGGUGAUGGGGCCAAUGACACCGAGUGGAAAAAGCAUAAAAAGAUCCAGAUUGAUCCUUAUGGAGACCUGAGAAAACCUGUGGAUAACUACAAGACGCUAAUCAGUGCUGUAACACCAAGACCAAUUGGGUUUGUUUCCACUGUUAAUCGCAAAGGCGAGAGAAACUUGGCUCCAUUCUCGUAUUUCUCAGUGGUUAAUCACGAUCCUCCACUUUUCACGAUUGGCUUUUCUGGAGGCUUGGAUAACCCCAAGGAUUCAGCCAAAAACGUCAUUGAGACUGGUGAAUUGACCAUCAACAUCAUCAGUGAAUGGUUUAUAGAAGCUGCCAACUUCUGCUCCACUAACUCUCCGUUUGGAGUAGACGAAUGGAAGUUGUCAGGUUUGACUCCUGCAGAGUCCACUAUUGUAAAGCCUCCUCAUGUUGCCGAAUCUGCCUUUUCUAUAGAAGCCAAGUUGGUCACCCACCACGAAUGGAAAUCCAAACUUGACCCUAACAAGUCUACUGGUACCUUGGUUAUUGUGGAAGGUGUCAACUUCCAUGUUAGAGAGGAUGUCAUCAACGACGACUUGAACAUCAUCGACAUCGCCAAAUUGAAACCCGUUUCGAGAUUAGGAGGAAUCACCUACGGUAGAUCCAUUACUGGGUAUGAGAGCUUGAGACCAGAUUACGAAAAGGAUGUUGUUAAUGUGAACAAAAUUUAGAUAUAAUGUGAGAAAAUCUGAUUUAUACAAACUAUUAGAUCAAAUAGAGAAAGCUAUAAACG